AUGGAGCUCACCGCGAGCGCACAGCAUAGCACACCACAAGCCACUCACGGUUCAAGCAGAGUACUGCGCAGACGCGCCAUCAAGUCGCAUGAACACCGCGACAGCAGUAUUCUCACAAACGGGACCAGUAAAAGGAAAAGAGUAUCUGAAGCAACCAACGGUGAAGAGGACGAAGACAGUGAGCCCGAAGAAGAUGAAGAAGACGAGGACGAGGAUGACGAAGAUGAAGGCGACUCAGACGAGGAAGAACUGAAAACCCGCCGGCGACGACCGCAGAGGACAAAACUAGCGACUGCAAAACCAGCCACCAAGCGCACAAAGACAACCUCCAAACCGAGCACAACUCUCGCCAUUCGCUCUGCUAAUAUUCAGAAUAGACCAACAUCCAAGGCAUCAAAAUCAAGCACAGCCCGCGCUCGACCCAGCCAAGCGCAUCAGCAAGGACUUUACGCCGAAGUAUUUGGGAGGGGCCAGACGCCCGAAGACGCCGCCUCUUGGUGGUUUGAAGAAGUACAAAAGGACAACGUCGAAGCUCUGCAAGACCUGGUCAACUUCAUCUUCAAGUGCAUCGGCUGCAACUCGGAAGUCGACCAACAGGAUAUUGAAGAUCUGGACUCGGUUCCUACCAAGCUCGGCGAUGUUAUUCAGGAAUAUGAGCAGCAAAAGCCUCCAGAUUACCCACUUAUCUCAAAGCAGAAACAGUAUGCAGGCUUUCAGGACGUGUUGGAGGAAUUCUUCAGGGCCAUCAUCAGGAUAUUGCAUACGUCCUCCGCCUUCUAUGAUCAACGCGAAAUAUAUGACAACAUCCACAACUGGGUUGCGACCAUGUCAGGUGCGAACUACAAGUCCUUCAGACACACUGCGACGGUCAUCUCCUUGGCUAUGAGUACCGCGCUCUGCGAAGUGGCAGAGGAGUUGCAGGCCACCAUGGCGACAUUGAAGGCCCAGCUUAACGCCGAAAAGAAAAAGAAGAACCCCAACAAAGGCCGAGUCAAGGCCAUUGAAAAGAAUUAUAGAGCUGCCGAGGAUAAGCUUGAGGUUAUCGACACUCAAUUGCGAGACGCCUUUGAUACCGUCUACGUCCAUAGGUACCGAGAUGUUGAGGAACGCAUUCGCACUCUCUGUGUUGCUGCGCUCGGCAAAUGGAUGGUCCUCUACCGCAAAAUGUACCUCGACGGCGAAUUCCUGCGAUAUCUGGGUUGGGUACUGAACGAUACAAGUGCCCAUACUAGAAUAGAGGACAUCAAGCAACUGAAGAAGUUGUACAGCAACAAGAACAAUAUUGCCGCUCUCAGAGCAUUCACUGAUCGGUAUCGGUCGAGGCUGGUGGAAAUGGGCGCGAGGGAUGCAGACAUCAGCGUAAGGGUCGAGACAAUUGAGCUGCUCGAUCGACUCCGAGAUGCGGACCUAUUGGAACCCGAUGAUAUCGAUACCAUUGGACGAUUGAUCUUUGACAGUGAACCACGGAUCAGAAAAGCGGUUGCCAAGUUUUUUGUCUCCAAUAUCGAAGAUCUCUAUCAAGACACGAUUGAGGAGUUCGACGAAACCCAGUAUGAUGCCGCGCUCCCGGAUGUGGGAGACGUGAAAGACUUUGUGGCCCCCACGAAGUCUUGGAUCAAGUUCAAAUGUUUGGGGUCAGUCCUUGCCGGGUACAACAAUGAUGAAGAAUCACUGGACGGAACGGCUGCUCAAUCUUUGCCAAUGAACUCGAUUUCAGACUCCUGCUACACGCUGGCUACCCAGUCAAUCUUCCCUCAUAUGCCAGAGUUGCACAAAUGGGAAGAGUUGGCAGGUUAUCUCCUCUUCGACCACUCUUCAAUCCCAUCAGCGGGCGACGAUGAUGACGUCGACUUCAACAUUCAGCAAGCCUAUAAGCUGAGUGCGGGUGAAGAUGCCAUCAUGUUGGACGUUCUGUAUGCAGCGGUCAAAUCAUAUCUGCAGUCCAUAUUGAGAACCAACGCCACGAAAGAUCAAAUCCUGGAGAAACAAGAAUCGGCAGCGCAGAAUCUCACCACUCUCCUUCCUCAUUUAUUAAACAAGUUUGGCAGCACACCACGGGCUGCGUCAUCCAUUCUCCGCAUCGAACAGCUGUUAGAUAUCGGAUUGAUCAACGAGCUACAGAGCGGCGAAGCCAGCUACGCUGCAAUUCUUGAUGACAUCACCAAACAAUUCACGUCGCACUCCGACAAACAAGUGCUCGCGGCGGCCAGUGCAGCAUUCAGGAAUGCUCGAAGCUACGAACCGAGCAAAGAGGCCGCCAAUGCGAAGGUGCAGGAGAUCUGGAGUGAAUCCGUCGCAACGCUGGCCAAUCUCCUCCGAGACAAGGCUGUCAGGACACGGGGUACGCUUGACAGACCUUCGCUUGCUGAGGUCGUGAACACAGUCAUUCGUCUGGCCGAGCUCGCAGGUGUGCAUGACUGCAGCCAUGUCAUUGAAAGCAGAUUGAGUACUGGAUCGUCAAGGAAGGGAAAGGACAAGCCAGGCAGCCAGAAAACUCUGCUCAGCCUGUUAUUGCAGCUCUUACACCGGGGCGAGCCAGACGAGGAUACCACGCCUGCCUUUGCGGAGCUGGAGGAUCAAUUAUGCGGUGCCCUCAUCGAUCUCUUCUCGCGUUAUUUCCGCUGGAAAAUGUUCGGAUUGAAAAAGGCAAUCAACGCCAACGAUGAGGCGCAGUUGUCGACUACGUCCUUGACAGAGUUUGCCACUACGCGAACAGCGUUUGUGGAUAGCAUCGCUCCAGUGAUUCGAAUGCGCAAGCCUCUUGACGUGGUGCGGUAUCAAGCCAUCCUGAAUGUGUUGGAACUAUUCGCCCUCUUCACCACAAUAAGAAACAUGAGGCCGGAGAAAGGUGACUUGGAUGAUGACAUAGAGGAGAAUCUGCGGGGUCUCAUCACGUAUGUCCCAGAGGAGAUCGUCAAGGAGGUCAUGAUCACGCAUGAAAAGAUGGAGCAGUCUUUUGCGAGGCAGACGCAUCGGAAGAUCGAGUCAAUCAGUGAAAAACGAAGGUCAAAAGGUUCAACCGGCAGGGACGAGGAAGACGAAGACGAUAUCGAGAAACCACCUGAAGAUUCGGACGAUGAACGGGAUGACUUAGAUGAUGAAGAAGACGAGGGUGACGAGGAUGACGACGAGGUAAAGAAAAGCAAGAACGCAAAGAAACAAGCGGCUCUCCUGGCAGAACAGAAGCUGUGCGAGUUGACAAGCAAAAUCAUCUUCAUCCUCGUGGGUGGGGCGAUCAGAGAUGAAACGGCCGUGAGGGAGCGGUUAACGCUGAAUCGUACGAAGCUGGGCAAGAACUACUCUGUGUUGGUGGGAUAUCUGGAUGAGAAGAAAAAGUCAGCGAAGAGGGGAAGUGGGAAGAACCUGGCAGGAAAGGAGAAAAAUAGCGACAAAGGGGGGAAGGGGACUGAGAAAGCAGGUAAAAAGCUUGUCUCGGAAGAAAUGGUGCUGGAGGACGAUGAUAUCGAAGAUUCGGAGCAGGAUGAGGAAGAGGCACAACAACAGCACGACUUACAGGAAGACGAGAUUGAGGAUCAUGGGAGUGAAAUUGACGAGCAUGACGCCUGGAAGGAAAAGGGAGAUCAAGGAGAAAACGAGGAAGACGACGAGAUCAUGGGUGAUUAA